AUGGUCUUUGGUACCGGAAUGAACGGAGCUGUUGUUAUGGCUAAGCAUCGUGACAGUGGGAGGGUGUGCGCAGUGAAGACGUUCUCUACGCUUGGUCUGGAUGCGGCUCGAUACCGACGGCUUUAUAACGAAGUUGACAUUUUCUUACGGAUGGACCAUCCCAACGUGUGUAAACUCCUUGAGGUCUACGAGGAUGAUGCCCACGUAUAUUUAGUGAUGGAAGCAUGCACAGGGAAGGACCUGUAUGAUCGUUUAGCAGUACAGAAGCGCUUCACAGAGGAGGAAGCAGCUGUGACGGCCAAGCAAAUGCUCGAAGCAGUACACUACUGUCACACCCACGGCGUAUGCCACAGGGACCUCAAGCUGGAGAAUUGGGUGUACUCUGAGCCCAGGUCGGACGCUCCUUUGCGGUUGAUCGAUUUCGGCAUAAGUCAAAUCGUUUCCACGUCAAAGGAGAAGAUGAGUGACACCCACGGAACUGUUUACUAUGUCGCUCCCGAGAUUCUCAUGGGCGACUAUGAUUUCCGUUGUGAUGUGUGGUCCAUCGGUGUAAUUGUUUACAUGCUACUAUCGGGUUCGCCUCCUUUCACUGGAGAAGACGCCCGUGAAACUGUCCGAAAUAUCUUCCAAGCCAGUCUGUGCUUCGACGGUCCUCGAUGGGAAGGUGUAUCCCCCUUAGCUAAGGAGUUCAUCUCUAGCUUGCUUCAGAAAAAUCCCAGCGAUCGUCCAAGCGCUUUGGAGGCAUCCAAGAGCGAAUGGAUCAGAACCUUCGUGACCAUCCAGGAACCCAAGUCGGACUUGAUAGACUCGGGCCUGCUGGAGAUCCUUUGCCAAUUCGCGAAGGAGAGCGACGUGAAGCGAGCGGCUCUCAGCCUCGUGGCCUUCAGUAUCAAUCCCAAGGUUGUCUGCGAUGCUCUAGCUGACGAGUUCCGUUCACUCGACUUUGACGAGUCUGGCACAAUACGUCUGGGGGAUCUCACCAAGGCUCUUACGGAGCGGCUCGGUUUAGAUGCUGUGGAAGCGGAAAAGAUCUUCCGAAAGCUCGACCAAACUGGCGACGAAGAAAUCCAUUAUUCGGAAUUCCUCGCAGCGUGUUUGCACAUCCCUUUCGUCAUGCGUGUAUUCGCUCUGAAUGAUGCCGAUACCAGUACUAUAGAGCCGAGGCUGGACACUGGACCUUCGCCGAGGAGUAUGACGAUUCUCACCUAA